AGCGAUAGAGACAUCAGAUCAGACGGUGGGGUCAGUGGUACCAUGUCGAGGUGGAGGCUACCUAGUAGGGAUGGGCAGGGCCAUUUCACAUCUGGAAUGGAACACUGGAGUCACCACCAAACUACACGAGGUCGACUCGGUGGGAUUUGACGACCGAUUCAACGAUGGCAAAUGUGACCCUGCUGGGAGGUUCUGGACGGGUACUAUGGGUGGCCAAAUCGACAACAUGCCAACUUAUGAGAAAAACGUUGGCAGUCUGUACUGCCUGGACACAAACGGGACAUUGGUCAAGCAUUUUAACAAGAUCACAGUAUCAAACGGACUAGCGUGGUCGCCCGACAAACAAGUUAUGUUUUAUAUCGACACGCCGACAAGGAAAGUGGAGGCAUUCACGUAUCACGUCACAUCCGGGAAAAUAAGCAAUAGACGGGAUGCAAUCGACUUCCGCUCAUUUCCGGAAGAGAGCAUGAUGGGUUGGCCGGAUGGUAUGACCAUUGACACAGACGGACACCUAUGGGUCGCCUGCUACGGAGCCGGAAAGGUCAUCUGUUUUGAUCCCGUCACAGGUAAAGCACUGAAAGAAGUAAUCAUCCCUGCGCCAAGAACGACUUCCUGUUGUUUCGGCGGGAAAAAUUUGGACGAGCUUUAUGUCACAACUGGGCCAAAUGGUGCUUUUGACCAGGAAUUAAGAUAUUUUCCAUUAUGUGGGUCAGUAUUCAAAGUCACAGGACUCGGAGUAAAAGGUGUUCCUGCAAACAUCUAUGAGAGGGAUGUCGACAGUCGACUAUAAACUG